AAAUAUUAUUGGGGACCUCCGGGGGGCGGGAUCCGUGCGGUGACGUCACCUUGUAGAAGGAAUGCAGAGAGAAGGAGGAGAGUGUGGUCGGUGGGAUCAGAUGGAACUUUAACCAAUAACACGUUGGAGAUCUUCCACAAUCCUGUCAAAAAGAUGGAGGAUAAAAGUGACAAUGACAGCAGUUACCGUGAAGAUGGCCUUCGUAAUAAGCGGAGUGUGAGGAAAAGGCGGUCUGCUGGGAGGGCAUCUUACAUGUUUGCAUCUGUUGGAAGAAGAACCACCUUCCAUGCCUCCAUUGCUUCACCCGGUGACCAGACACAAACCUCAAUUUCUAACUCUUGUGUGGAGGAAAAUUUAGGUGGCCACUAUGGAAUUUUGGACAAACAAGAAAACAUUAAGGUGAAAGAAGAAGUGUUCUCUGGAGAAGAACAAGUGUCCUCAAGAGAAGAAGACACAUAUGGGAAAGAAGAAGAACAUGUGUCCUCCAGGGAAGAAGACACAACUUCUGGGGGAAAAGACCCAGGGAACACUGAAACUGUUCUCGUUCAAGACUCUCCUGUUACUCGGCAUAAACGGACACGUCACACGACGAAGGUCAGCAUAGUCCGAUCCAAAGAGAUCUCAGAGGACCUCAGGAAACAAGUUGUUGAUGCUCAUAAGAGUGGAAAAGGUUACAAAAGGAUUGCCAAAGACUUGGGUCUGCAUCUGUCCACAGUCAAAAGGAUAAUUUACAAAUGGAAAAAAUUCAGCACGGUUGCCACUCUCCCCAGGAGCGGGCGUCCUACAAAGAUCAGUGCAAAGGCACGCCACACAAUCCUCAAACAUAUGAGAGACAACACUAGGGUGACGGCAAAGGACCUGAAGGCAUCUCUGGCACUUGAUAAUAUCAACGUUCAUGAGUCUACUAUACGGAAAACACUGAGCAAGUGGUGUUCAUGGGACUUUACCAUGGAGGAGGACACUGCUCUCCAACAAGAAUAA